CUCCUCUAUCAAGGGUCUCUCUCUCUCUCUCUGACAUCACACUCACUUCCUACUACCUAACAAAUUACAUAUCUUAAGUAACAUAACAAACAUUAGACACCCCUCACCGCAUUCGCAUUCACAUUCACAUACCCAAAUUAAUAAUCCUUCCUUUUCAUAGUUACAAUACAACCACCACCCCCGUCAUUACAUCUUUUCACGUUUCCAUUCCCAAACACAUACUCGAGCUUCUCACUAGUCUCAAAGGGGAACAAGAUCUGAAGCUUUGAAUGCUAUUGAAAAUAAUUGGUGAAAAUGAGGAUAAUAACAAGGAGUCAAAGUAGGAAAAAGAUAGGAAGGUACAAUCAGAAUGAGAGUGAAGGUGACGAUGGAGAUAGGCUCAGUGAUUUGCCGGAUUCAAUUCUGUUGCAUAUAAUGUCAUUUAUGAUGAUUCAUGACGUUAUUAAGACUUGCAUUUUGUCAACAAGGUGGAAGAAUCUUUGGAAAUCCAUGCCUAAUAUUAAAUUACACACUGCAGACUUCAGGAACCAUUGUGUUUUCUCUGAAUUUAUUUCCGGUAUUGUGUCAUGCCGUGAUGGCCGCGGCGAUGGCGAUCACCCCUUGAUUAGCCUGGACUUCAGUCGCCAUGGCUAUUUGCAAAACUAUAUCUUGACCGAUCUCAUGAGAUAUGUGGUGUCGAAAGAUAUACAACAUCUGAAAAUUUAUGUUCCAUACAAUCUUGGUUUGCCUUCUUUUGUGUUCUCUUGUAGCUCCUUGUUAUCGCUUGACCUAUCGGUUUCUUCGUAUGAUCUUAAGAGGAGAACAAGAAUAUCGAAGCCUUUAGAACUCCCGUCAUUGGUGAGUUUGCGCCUUGAAAGUGUUGCAAUUUCUGUAGACGAGAAUUGCCAAGCAGAACCCUUCUCAAAAUGUGUAAAGUUAAAAACCCUAUCCAUCAAGAAUUUUCUGAUGAUCUCACCUGAUUCUGACAUAGACAGGUCAGGAACUCUCGUUAUAUCGAAUGCUAAGCUCGCCAAUUUGACCAUCAAGGAAUAUAAACGGUACAAGAUUUUAGUGUCUACACCUAAUCUAAGAUCAUUUACUUUGGAUGGUUCUCCUUUUCAACAGUUACGUGGGAAGAAAGGGAUGGCUAUUGAGCUUCAAUCUUCCUCACUAGCAUAAAGACCUGCUCAGAGCUUUUGAAAUAAUCGGAAAAAACGGAGUAACUUGCUACAAGAUUGACACAAAAACAAGCACGAGUUUCGUAAAAUGUUUUUCAAUGGAACAUUUAGAAGUUGGCAAUAUAGUGAGAUGCUGGUGCAUAUUAAUUACGUAAGUUUUGCUAAAUGAGUUUUAUUUCAACAUGCAUUUAUAUCCAAUUACAUGUUGUGAAACUUGUGAUCUUUCUUUCUUUCUUGUUUUGGCUUGGCUUGUUAGAUAUUAUUAUGAAGAACGUGUUGUACAAAAGAGGUAAAUCUUGAUUUGCAUGGUCUUUUCAUUUAUCACUUCCUAAUUUGUUUUGUUAAAUGUUGCAGUUGUAGAAGGUAAUAGAAGAACGUUUUCAUUGAAGGAAGUAGAAUUUCUCAUAAUCAAUUAACUGGAGCAAUACAAUCAAUCUGUAGCUUAUUUAUGUUGAUUAGGUGUAUGAUAUUAUAUUAUGACCAUGACCAUAGUUGUAGGAGUAGUAAUAUUAAAACAAGAAAUUCAUGAAAGAAUAGUGUUGAAAUAGAAAACGGUUCAUAGUUGUUCCUUAACAAUGGGGAAUUGACUAAGAUAGAAUAGUUGCUCCUUAUAAUUUACAUGGCUAUCAUUAUUUGAUAUGUACAUAGCUCGCUUGCAAUUGCAAGGAGCUUGUUCUAAAUGUAAUUCUUUUUUUUUUUCUGA